UGCAGAAGUAUAACUAAAUUUCUUCGUUUUCAAUUCUCUCUUAAUUUCUCGCGGCUUUUCUCUGCAAUGGAUCGUGUUUCUUGGAGAACUCAGGUGCUUUCGAAUCACCUUGUUCAUCACCAAACUACUUCAGAUCUUAGCCCCAAUCCAUGUCUCGAGUUCUCCCCUCCGGAGAUUUCCGAAUGCUUCUCCUUCGACAUCAAACAGAUGCGGAACCUCUUGGAUGUUCAUAACCUUCCGGACCGGGACUGGAUGUUUGGGCUGAUGAUGCAGAGCAAGCUGUUCAAUCCCGUGCAAUCCGGUGGCCGAGUCUUCGUUUCCCCUGAUUAUAAUCAAUCCAUGGAGCAGCAGAGGGAGAUGACGAUGAAGCGGAUUCAGUACCUUUUGGAUAAUGGCGUUUUCAAGGGUUGGCUUACAGAUAAUGGAAUUGAAGCCGCGUGGAGAAAGUUUGCGCUGUUUGAGGCAAUUGGAAUUUAUGAUCACUCUCUAGCGAUUAAGAUUGGUGUUCAUGUCUUCCUAUGGGGUGGAGCAAUCCAAUUCUUUGGCACAAAGCGUCAUCAUGAUGCAUGGUUAAAGAUCACAGAAAAUUAUGCGAUCAAGGGUUGCUUUGCAAUGACUGAGCUCGGUCAUGGAAGUAAUGUUCGAGGAAUUGAAACAGUAACAAAAUAUGAUUCAAGCACUGGAGAAUUUGUUAUUAAUACUCCCUGUGAGUCAGCUCAGAAGUACUGGAUUGGCGGGGCAGCCAAGCAUGCAACACAUGCUAUAGUCUUUUCACAGCUUCACAUAAAUGAAAAAAAUGAAGGCGUCCAUGCUUUUAUAGCUCAGAUCAGGGAUGCAGAUGGUAAUAUCUGUCCACAAAUACGUAUAGCAGAUUGUGGCCAUAAGCUUGGCUUGAACGGUGUUGAUAAUGGUCGGAUCUGGUUUGAUAAUGUGCGAAUUCCAAGAGAGAAUUUGUUGAAUUCUGUAGCUGAUGUAUCAGUAGAAGGGAAAUAUCUAAGUGCCACAAAUGACCCGGACAAGAGGUUUGCAGCAUUUAUGUCACCUUUGACAUCUGGUCGUGUAACCAUUUCCGUUGCUGCAAUUUAUUCCGCAAAGGUUGGUUUAGCAAUUGCUAUAAGAUACUCAUUAACAAGGAGAGCCUUUUCACUUACGCCUAAUGGACCUGAAAUCCAAUUGCUGGACUACCCUAAUCAUCAAAAGAGAUUGCUGCCUCUCCUUGCUAAGACAUAUGCCAUGAGUUUUGCUGCAAAUGAGUUGAAAAGGAUCUACAUGAAGAGAACACCAGAGUCCAUCAAAACGCUCCAUGUUGUAUCAAGUGCAUUUAAGGCUACCUUUACCUGGCAUAAUAUGAGGACACUUCAGGAAUGUCGUGAAGCAUGUGGAGGCCAAGGCAUAAAGUCCGAAAAUCGAGUUGGUCCUUUGAAAAGUGAAUUUGAUGUUCAGUCUACUUUUGAAGGCGAUAAUAAUGUCCUAAUGCAGCAGGUGAGCAAGGCAUUGCUGUCUGAGUUCAUUGCAGCUAAGAAGAGAAAUAAACCAUUUAAAGGUAUGGGAUUAGAACACAUGAAUGAGGCCUGCCCUGUCAUUCCUUCUAAGCUUACUAGUCCUAUCCUUAGAAGCUGUCAAUUCCAGACGGAUGCCUUUUGCUUAAGAGAACGAGAUAUAUUAAAUCGUUUAGCUGCUGAAGUAUCUCAACAUGAAGCACAAGGUGAUAGCAAAGAAUAUGCCUUCAUUCAGAGCUUUCUGCUUGCAGAAGACUUGGGCAGAGCUUUCUCUGAAAAAGCCAUAUUGAAGUCUUUUAUGGAAGUUGAAGAUAGUGUACCAUCGGGUCCAGUGAAGAAUGUUUUAGGUGUACUGAGAUCCAUGUAUGCGUUGAUCUGCUUGGAGGAAGAUGGUUCCUUCAUCCGCUAUGGUUAUUUAUCACCAGAAAAUGCAGGGGCAGUGAGGCAGGAAGUGAAGAAACUAUGCAGCGAAAUACGACCGCAUGCUCUAGCGCUGGUCAGCUCCUUCGGCAUACCCGACGCUUUCCUGGCCCCUAUAGCGUACAACUGGGUGGACUCCAAUUCCUGGCCUUCGGUGCAGUAAAAGGAAGGUGCAUCCGUGGUGAGAAUUUCCUUGAUAUCAUCAUACAAACAUUUGGCAGGGAGGAUUUAUUGGGGUUGGUCAGUAUUCUUAGAAAUUAUGAAGUAUAUUUGAACUUUUGUAAUAAGAAAAAGCUUAUAUGUAUACCCAAUUUAGAUAGAGAUUUCAAAUCACAA